AUGUCAAGCAGAUGUAAAAGAAUUCUGGCCGCUGCUUUGGAAACGGAUAAAAAUAGCCAGGUUUUAGAAGAAGCGCUUUCACAUUCAAUCAUUUUUACAAAUGAAGAUGUUAUUAUUGAAAAUGUGACUAAUGACGGACUUUCGAAAUGGAUUUCUGAAGCUGACCCUGUUCUCCCACUGACGUUGAGCUACUAUGAUAUGAAUGUAGAUAUCAUAGAAGCAUUGGUACAUAAUGCUGAUCCUGUGUCACCAUCUAAGCAUGCGGUUGGAAGUACAGUCUUACCAACUGUAGCUUCAGGUGAGAACAACGUUAUCCAACUACGUUAUGCUGACUCAGAUUUGAAUGGCACUUCGGAAAACCUGCAAACAUCAAGUGAACUUUUGGAAGGAGAAAUGAAAGUACCAGUCUAUCCCAAAGGAUGCUGA